GGUGAAUAGCUCAAAUACCGUUCCGCCGCUGUAUCCCAUUGAAUAGGUACUAGAGGGUUAAGCAUCGUGUACUUCCAAACGUACGAAUCGGAGUUUCCAACGCGAAGUGCCAGUUCUUCUCGAUAUCCAGGCCCAACGCGGUUGAUUAUCCUUACCUCCAACAUAUUUCGGUAUCUUGCAUUCGCACGUCGCUAUGGCUCAACCGGUAACAACCAUCGUACCCUUCCAGUCUCUGCCUUCGUGCGCGGGUCAAUGCGGUCCUCUUUACGAUGCCAAUGGCGCUUGCGUGCCUCCUGCUGCUGCCGCUGCCGAUGAAAAUACCUAUGACUCUUGCUUUUGUGCCUACGACAGCCUCCAGCCGUUCAAGCAAGGCUCAUCUGGGGUUUGCGACGCGGCUUGCACUAACGAUAACGGCGGUUUGUCGAGUAUACAAGGCUGGUUCACGAGUUUCUGUAACGAAAAGGCUGCAGCUACUACGUCGUCAUCUUCAUCGACAAGCACCGGAAGUUCGGAAAGCAAUAAUGACGGCGGCGGGGAUUGGAUUUCAACACAUUGGAAAUGGGUUGUCAUGAUAGUCAUCGUCGUCGUCGGAAUCAUCGGUAUCUGGAUUGGAGCUUGCAUAUGGCGUCGCAAAUACCUCAGGAAAAAGGAUCGAAUGUAUGAGCUUGGCAAGGGCCUACCCAGUAACGUCGCGAUCAACACACAAGGCAAUCUCGUUGGACCCGGUGCAAGGGAUAGCACUUAUUCUAAUCCAGGCGUGUUCAUGUCGGGCUCUGGAGGUGUUGGCUAUGCCGAAAAGCCAAAAAAGGAGCGCAAGAAGUGGAAUGUCACCCAACGAACAUGAUCAGUAUAACAUCAACGGAAUGUCAGUCUGUGCCAUUCACACGACGCUCCUUUUACAUACCGCUAUGGUAUCGUCUCGACUACACGUCAUUUACUAUACU